AUGUCACAGAAUACACCAGACCGAAGCGGCAGCGGAAAGAAUCCAGCCGGCGAUGAUUGGGUCAAAGUACCAAAAGAUCCGGAGUGGCAGGAGGACAUCGAUGAGCAUGACAAGAUCUACUCGGGUCCUGGAGCAGACAUCAAGAAAUCCACUCUCAAGUCCACAUCAUUUGGCAGCUUGCUCAAGGAGUUCUGCGUCAAAGUCAUGGAUACAAGCUCACUGGUAAAGCAGACGUCAGAGGCUGUUCAGAAACCGGACACUGCUACAGACUUUGAUAAGAUAAGUGGGGAGAUAAAAGAGGCCAUCAAGGACCUGCCGCCUAGCAUGGGUGGAAGUGAACUCUCUUGGCCAGAAGACACAUCCGGCCUGAAGCUCCGAAUCGAAGAGCGUCUCCGAAUCGAAGAGCCCAGUCCGGGGUUGAAAGCACGGCCCAACAGCCUCCAGCAAUCUCCCAGCCUCAAACAGCCUACCAUCCUCAGGCAGGCUACCAUCCUCAGGCAGGCUACCCUCCUCAGCCGGGCUACCCUCAUCAUCCAGGCCACCCUCAUCAGCCAGGCUACCCGCCUGAGGCAGCCUGCCCUCCUCAAGCACACGAAAGCCGGCCGCCUGGGCCAGUGA